CGGUGUAGGUUCGUUCGUUUCGUUUGAACGUCGUCGUCGUCUUCGCCUUCGCCUUUGCCUUCGCUUUCGCCCUCGUCCUCAUUGUCGUGUCGUCGUGAGCCGUGAGCGUUGACGUUGACGUCUCUUUCUCUCUCGCUUGCUCGCUCGCUCUCUUGGCUGCUUGGUUUUGUGAUUCUCUGAAGUUUUUCGUUUAACAAGUGAUUUUUUGUUUCAUGAGGGUUUUUGAGUUUUCUAAUUCGAAUUUUUUUGAAAGCUGGCAAAAUUGAGAAUCGAUGAUAAAAAAUUAUAACUAGUAAUAACACAAUGAUGAUGACACCAAUACUGCCAUUACCAUCGCCAACACCAUCAGCAAUUGCUGCUGAAAUGAGCACAACAUCACUUAGUACACCAAUAGCAGCAACAACAACAACAACAACAACACCACCAGUGGCAUUAACUGGCCGUUCUGAAAAACCAGAACGCAACCUUUGGCGUGAACAGGAAAUGCUAACCGUUUUGCAAAUAAUACGAGAGAAAAAACUAUUACCGCUACUCAAUGACAAGACCGUACGCAGUGAAGCGGUUUUUCGCCGCGUCGAGAAGGAAAUGUUCGAUCGCGGCUUUCGCAAAAAGAACUUUCAACAAAUCUGGACAAAAUGGAAAUUUUUGAAAUCGACCUACAUGACGUCACGCCGCGUGCACCAAGUACCCAAGAUAAUACCGUUAGAAGUUUAUGAAUCGCUCGAUGAGCUUUUAACGGCUGAAUUUCAAAAUGACGGUUCAAUGUCAUCAUACGAUGGCGGUGAUUAUGAUGAUGGAGGUGGCGGUAUAGGUAACGGUAACAGUAAUAGCAACGGUAACGUCAAUGGUAACAUGAUGAUGAGUGACAUUUGUGGUGUUGGUGGUGGUGGUUAUGAGAUGAUGAAUGCGUCCGCAUCGACAACAGGAAGUAACGAUGGAUAUUUGCCGGUUAUAUCGAAUGUACAGGGCAGCUUAAAUUUGUCGUCAUCGUCGACAUCCACACCGACGACGAUGGCGAAUACGUUAUUUAAUGGCGGGAGAAAUUAUGCAGCUGAUUUAAAUGGAUUCGGUGGAAUUGGAAUGCGAAGGAAUAAAUUCAAAAAUGGAUUUCGGUCGUCGUUUAAGCACGAAGAGGAUACUAAUGGUUUCGGUAUGCAACACCCUAUUUUUGGAUAUCGAUUGGGGGUGGUAAAGGAUGAACCCAUUGAUGAUGAUUAUGAAAACAAUAAUAACAACUCAGCAGCUGAUGCAUCCUUUCCACAUGAACACGUACAUGAUGAACCUUCUAAUUCGAAUUCCCAACAAUACCCAGAUGUUAAACCAGAACUUACUUCCCCACCUCCAUCACCGUCACCGUCAUCGCAAUCUCCGUCUACACAACAAGAAGAUGAUAAUUUACCGAUAGUACCUGAAAUCUCAAGCUUGGCUCAUUCUCAACAUUCAACAAAUGGUGAUUCCAUGGAUGGAGUGGAUAGUUCCAUGAUUGAUCCGCUUAUGCCUCCUCUUCAUAGAUAUACACCGCCUACAUACCUGCCAUUGUCAACACAAUCAGAUACACCACAUCCACCACCGCUUAAGCAAAUACCAUUUAUGAAAAUUCAACUUCCUUCUAAACCACAAAUUUCCCAAAUGGCACAAGUAAAUCAUCAUCUUCAUCACAAUCAACAUCAAGUCGAUUCACAGCCCAUUCAAAACGAAUACCGGUCUAAGAAGAUUCCAGUGCUUACAUUGCGUAAAAGAAAGAAGCGUCUACACAUUCCAGAUCUCUCUGAAGGCACCCAAUCACCAGCUCCAAGUUCGAAAAAUUCAAAAAUUUCCGACGAAGAUGACCCACGAGAAUCACCACCCGAAACAUCACGCAUUCCCUUCGUGACCUAUGGCAAAGCCAUGCGAGAGAUGAGUUCAUCAUUGCGAGAAAUUCAACGUGAAAUGAUCGAUGAUUUCUUUAAGCAACAAAUGGAUUUAGCCAAAUCAGAACACGAAUUCCAGAAGCAACAGGAUGCCAUGCUUCUGCGGUGUUUCGAAGAUCAAACUAAAUUAUUGUUAGAUGGUGCGAGACGAAUGUUUUCUACCAACCAAGAAUUAUCAAUGGCAAGAGAUGAAUAGGAAUUAGAAUUAGAAUAAAAUAAGAUUUAGAUAAAAGACAAACAAUUGAGAACACGUGCGUGGACUGGAGCCACAACUAAUAUUGUGAACUACUGAUGAUCAUUCCAUUUGUUACCAGAAAAGACUUAUUAAUCUUUAAUUUAGAAGUUACACAACAUUUAUUAUGUAUAAAUAAUUAUCAUUCCAUUGAAAUAUUUAUUCUAUUUUAUUACUUUUAUUUUUUUUUUAGGUUAAUUUUCGUUAAAAUAAAUGAAAAUAAAUUAUUUUUUAAGAG